AUGAAUUUAGAUUCACAACUGCGUGAAAAUGUUCAACGCUUGCUGAAUUCAACUCAAAAUGGCCACAGAGUGACUUCAGAACAUUGUCAAACCUCAGCAAUGGAAGCUACAACUCAAACAGAGGAGUAUCCGUACCUUACAAGACAGGUUUGGUUCCCGCCAGACUUAAAUCCCGCAGAGAAAGGCAUCUCUGCUCACCGUAACCUUUGUGCCAAUGAUAUUUCAGAUUCUGCCCAAAUGCCUUCACAAGGCCAGGCAAUUGCUUCUGUGCAGGAUUUCACUCAGCCUGAUCAAAACAGCAGCCAGAACGGAUUUCAUUUUCAUUUGGGCAAGAACUAUCGGAAUGGUUUCAACUGUUGCCAAGAGCAGAAUGUCAAGAUUAGUUCAGUGAAAACAAACAUUGUUCUGUCAAACUACCUCAUAGCAUUACGCCCCUGGUCAUUUACUGUGUCCAUCAUUCCAAUUGCAUUAGGAAGCUGCCUAGCCUACAAGUUUCUCGGAGUCUUUGAUGUCUACAUUUUCUUCACCACCAUUUUUACAGCAGUGUGUGUUCAUGCUGCUGGAAAUCUUGUCAAUACGUACUUUGAUUUCAUGCGAGGCAUUGACAACAAGAAAAGUGAUGACCGGACGCUGGUAGACAAUAUAUUGUCACCCAAUGAUGUUGUUACACUUGGGGCAUUGUUCUACGUUUCCGGCUGUGUAGGAUUUUUGCUGCUGAAUUUUAUUUCUUCUGCCAAAAUGGAACAUCUAGCUUUAGUCUAUUUCUGUGGCUUGUCGAGCAGUUUUUUUUAUACAGGCGGCUUAGGGUUAAAAUACAUAGGUCUGGGAGAUAUAAUUAUUGUGUUAACUUUUGGUCCAGUAGCUGUUGUUUUUUCACACCUGAGCCAGACUGGACAGCUGUCCUUUGUUCCUUUAAUCUACGCCAUACCUCUUGCCUUGAAUACUGAAGCAAUUCUCCACAGCAACAAUUCUCGAGAUAUGGACAGUGACCGACAAGCUGGCAUGUUGACUUUGGCAAUACUCUUAGGAAAAACUGGCUCAUAUUGCUUGUUCUGUUUAUUGCUGUUUGUUCCUUACCUGAUCUUUUUGAUUGUUGGCAUCCAUUAUUCCGUGUGGAUGUUGCUUCCUGCUGUGUCAAUACUCCUGGCAUUUCCUCUGGAAAAGAGCUUUAGAAGAGGUCAUUUAGAAACGUUGCCACAUGAAGUGGCUAGACUGAACUUAAUCAUGGGUGUUUUGUAUAUUAUUGCUGUGUAUCUUGCACAUCCACAGUCUUUGCCUUCUUUAACUCCUUUAGCAUCCUGA